GGCUCAAACAAUGAAUUACGUGGGUCAGCUGGCUGGACAAGUAUUUGUUACUGUGAAGGAGCUGUACAGAGGCCUGAAUCCUGCUACUCUCUCUGGCUGUAUAGAUGUCAUAGUAGUUCGUCAGCCCAAUGGCAACCUGCAAUGUUCACCCUUUCAUGUACGUUUUGGGAAGAUGGGAGUUCUGCGCUCCAGGGAGAAAGUGGUGGACAUUGAAAUCAAUGGAGAAUGUGUGGAUCUCCACAUGAAGUUGGGGGACAAUGGCGAAGCCUUUUUUGUUGAGGAGACCGAGGGUAAUGAGGAAUCCAUCCCGUCAUACUUGGCAACCUCACCUAUCUUACUGGAAGGAGCAUCCCUCAUGGAAGCCCAGCUGAAGAGAAGUUCAGUAGAGUGGACUAGAAGUCUGGACUCUGCAGGUUCUUCCCAGAUCCCCGGAAAUACUCACUUGUCCCAAUCCAACACAGACAGUACCACAAGUGGAUCUGUGAAGAAGAGACGGAAAAGAAGGAGGAAAUCCAAGCUGGAUAAUUUAAAGAGAGACGAUAAUGGUGACACAACAGAAGAUGAUGACAUGUUUACCAUGGAGAUGAGCUCAGAGGAUGAGACAGAACCUUUGGAAACCGCCAGAUCAUCUGUCCAGAACAUUUUUAGUGACCGAGUCCCUGAAGUGAACCAGUCACAGAACACUUCCUUCAGUAUACCUGAGAAGUACCCGCAUUCUGAUGGAGAGUGGACACCAGCCCAAAGUCCUCCAGGUUCCCGUCCUGCAACACCUAAGAGUGACUCUGAGCUGGUCAGCAAAGCACUGGAUCGAGGAAUGGCAGCCAGCGAGAUCCCAAUGCACUGGGCCUGGGGGGAGCUACCUAAGGCUACCAAGUCUUCUCCACACAAAGUGAAGGACACAAGUGUUGUGAACAUAAACCCCUCCAAAAGCACACAUUUCAGGAUCAUACAAAGCACUUCUGAAGAAGGGAAAGUCAUGUCACUUCCGACAGCUGCUGAGGAGCCAGCCUUGUGCAUUGUAGAGGAUGUAGGUCCAGAGAUGGAGCCACUACACGAAGCUGAAGAGGUUGAUAUUGAGUCUUUAGGAGCUGCUGCCGCUGCUCCCACAUGUGAAGAUGCAACCCUUUUAACUGUCUGUACAAGCCAACCAUCAACUCAGCCAGCAAGCAAGACUGAUUCACCUUCUAAGAAAAAAGAUAAGCGGAGCAGACAUCUUGGGAAGGAUGGCGUCUACUUAGAUGACAUCACCUGCAUGGAGCCUGAAAUUGCUGCAUUGUAUUUCCCAAAAAGUGGUGACCCGCCUGUACCAGGGAAAAUUGCAGCAGAAAAUGGUGUCCGUUCCACCAACCAGUCACCUCAGUCUGGGGGAAGCUCUGGGGUGGACAGCGGAGUAGAAAGCAUCUCUGAUGGGAUUCGAGAUCUGCCCUCUAUUGCUAUAUCAUUAUGUGGUGGCCUGAGCGACAACAAAGAACUGACUAAAGAGCAGUUCUUGGAGCAAGUGGUAACAUACCAGCAAUUUGUGGACAAUCCUUCCAUCAUUGAUGAUCCCAACCUUGUUGUUAAAAUCGGAAACAAAUACUACAAUUGGCCUACAGCCGCCCCUCUGCUCCUGGCCAUGCAGGCUUUCCAGAAACCAUUACCUAAGGUUACUGUGGACACUUUGAUGAGAGACAAGAUGCCAAAAAAGGGAGGCAGGUGGUGGUUCUCCUGGCGUGGACGGAACAGCAGCAUUAAAGUAGAGUCUAAAGCAGAGCAAGGCUUGAGCGGAAAAGGACUUUACAUUGGCGAACAGGGUGAUGACAGCAGCAUGGAAAAAAGAAUAAAGGAUGAGUCUUCUUCCAGCGACGACGAUCACAGGGCAGCCAAGCAGAACAUAGGCUCUCUGCAGUCCAGCCAGAGUCAUCUUUCGUCAUCGGGUAUUGCGUAUAAGAAGACACUGCGGUUGACCUCUGACCAGCUUAAAAGUCUGAAGCUGAAAAAUGGCCCCAAUGAUGUUGUGUUCAGCGUUACGACUCAGUACCAGGGAACAUGUCGCUGUGAGGGCACCAUUUACCUGUGGAACUGGGAUGAUAAAAUCAUCAUUUCCGAUAUUGAUGGAACAAUUACGAGGUCAGAUACAUUGGGUCAUAUUUUGCCAACUUUGGGAAAAGACUGGACCCACCAGGGAAUUGCUAAACUGUAUCAUAAAGUUAGCCAGAAUGGAUAUAAAUUCCUAUACUGUUCAGCACGGGCUAUAGGAAUGGCUGACAUGACUCGAGGCUACCUGCACUGGGUAAAUGAGCGUGGCACGGUGUUACCUCAAGGACCUGUACUCCUCAGUCCUAGCAGUUUGUUCUCUGCACUGCACAGAGAAGUCAUAGAAAAGAAGCCAGAAAAAAUUCAAGAUCGAGUGUCUGACAGAUAUAAAAAAUCUCUUUCUCCCCCAAUACAGAGCCCUUCUAUGCUGCUUUUGGGAACCGACCUACUGAUGUUUAUUCGUAUAAGCAAGUGGGAGUUUCUUUGAACAGAAUAUUUACGGUGAAUCCCAAAGGAGAGCUCAUCCAAGAGCAUGCGAAGACCAACAUCUCCUCCUACGUACGUCUCUGCGAGGUGGUGGAUCAUGUCUUUCCGCUGUUGAAGAGAAGCCAUUCCUCAGAUUUCCCCUGCUCCGACACUUAUAGUCAGUUCACAUACUGGAGAGAGCCAGUACUGCCCUUCGAAAACCAAGAUAUCCAUCCUCCAGCCUCUUAA